AUGUUCUUCAAACUAAGCCAUUGUAUCCUCUGCCCCGAAAUCGAAAAACAAUCACUUUUAAGCUUCAAGCAAUCUCUCAACGGCUCAUCAAACGUGUUGUCUUCUUGGGAUGCUGCUAACUUCGAUUGUUGCACGUGGAAAGGUGUUGUCUGUAGCAACUUAACUGGCCAUGUUCUUGAACUCCACCUCCAAGGUAACUAUUCUUUAGGUGGCAAAGUAAACCCUGCUUUGCUCAACUUAAAGCAUUUGAAAUAUCUUGACUUGAGUCGAAACAGCUUUUUCGAAAAUAUCCCUUCUUUCAUUGGUUCACUCACAAGCCUCGAGCAUUUGAACAUAUCAUUCACUGGAUUUUACGGAAAGAUUCCCCAUAGUAUUGGAAAUCUUUCGAAUCUGCGUACUCUAAGUUUGGAAACUGUGGACACCGGAGGAGAAGACUAUUCAGGGCCGAUGCUGGAUGUCGAUAGUCUUGAAUGGUUGCCAGGGCUUUCGAAAUUGGAGUAUCUCAACAUGAAUCAUGUGAACCUGAGCAGAGCAGCUAAUUGGCCUCAGCAGGUGAUCACUAAACUCCCUUCGUUAUUCGAGUUGCAUUUGAGUGGUUGUAAUCUUAAUCAUAUGGCUCCUCUGAAUGAUGUAAAUAAUAUUAGUCAUUCUCAUAUAGCCAUUCUUGAUAUAUCCUCAAAUUACUUGGAUGACGAAUCUUACGGCAUCAUCAUCCCUCGGUGGAUUUUUCAACUCAGAGACCUUAUCUAUCUUGAUAUGAGUUUCAACUCAUUGGAAGGCCCAAUUCCAACAAUGAGCAAUACCACAAAACUCCAACACCUUGAUCUCUCCAGUAACGAUUUGAACUCAAGCAUUCCACAGUGGCUCUACUCCUGCAAACACCUCCAGUACUUGGAUUUAAGUCAAAACCAACUUUCUGGGAAAAUACCAAGAAAAAUUGCAAAUUUGUGCAAUAUCCAAGUCUUGUCGUUGUCUUAUAAUGAGUUGGAAGGAGAGAUAUCUGAUUUAUUUGGAAACAAUAUGUCAGAUUGUUUCUUAGGAGCUUUGUUGUUAUCUUUAGAAUUGUCAAUGAAUAAACUCUUCGGUCAUCUGCCUCCUCAAUUUGGAUACUUUAAGCACCUUCGAUCCCUAGAUCUUAGCUACAACUCAUUUUCAGGUGUAAUUCCGGAUGAAUUAGGGAACUUGGUUUCCCUUGAAUGGUUAGAUCUUAGAGAAAACGCGUUGUCGGGUGUAAUUCCAGAUGCAUUAGGGAACUUGGUUUCCCUUGAAACAUUAUACUUGGGUAAUAAUAAAUUGAGGGGGAACUUACCAGAGAGUUUUGGGAAACUUGUGAACCUGACAUGGCUUUCGAUAUAUAAUAACAUGUUGGAAGGGGUUGUGACUGAAACCCACUUUGCCAAUCUCUCAAAUUUAGCUUACUUGUCUGCCUCUGGAAACCAUUUGACUUUGAAAGUCAACCCCAAUUGGAUUCCACCAUUCAAACUAAAGGGACUUAACCUAGAGUCUUGGGAGUUGGGAUCUCAGUUCCCGUUAUGGCUUCAGACUCAGAAAGAGAGUAUCACCUUUCUUUAUUUACCGUAUACUGGAAUCUAUGGAAAUGUUCCCAGCUGGGUAUGGAGUUUGAGAUAUUUGAAAUAUCUCAACCUUUCGCAUAACCAACUCGACGGAAAUAUUUUAUCCAUUAGUACUGAUUAUGAAAAUGAUGAAUAUGAUUAUGGCUUACAUGUUUUUGACUUGAGCGCCAACAGUUUUAGUGGUCCACUGCCCAAACUAAUGACAACUUCAUUCUUGGAACUCCAUCUGGACAACAACUCAUUUUCCGGAGGUUUGUCAGAAUUUUUUUGUAUCAAUGCAUCCAAUGUAGUGCUUAUAAAUAUUGAAGGAAACCAUCUUUUUGGAGAGUUACCUGAUUGUUUUACCAAAUGGCAUUCAUUGCAAAUGUUGAACUUAGCCAACAACAAAUUGUCAGGAAGAAUACCGAAUUCAAUAGGAUUUCUAACUAAUUUAGAGUCCUUGAAUCUGUAUGGAAACAAUUUCUCUGGCCACAUACCUUCUUCAUUGAAAAAUUGCAAGAAACUAGUGAAGAUCGACUUUGGUGAUAACAAUCUUGGUGGGGACAUACCGAAAUGGAUUGACACAAGAUUUUUCAAUUUGAGAUAUCUUAUUUUGCAGUCAAACAAAUUCAGUGGUGAAAUUAGUCGAUCCAUAUGUCAGCUCACUUCUCUUCAAGUAUUGGAUCUCUCUAAUAACAAACUGUCAGGAAGGCUACCUCAAUGCCUCAACAGUCUUACCACAAUGACCACUAAAAGGAUUUUGAACAGGCCACAAUAUUCUCAGUAUAUUGAAAGUUCGGACAGUGGAAUUACUUCAUAUGUAAUAGAAUUUCAGGAAAGCGCAUCAAUUGCAAUGAAGGGAAGAGAACUCACCUACGACGCCAAUCUCUUUUUGGUUAUCAGUAUUGACCUUUCAAACAACAUCCUGUCUGGUGGUAUCCCAAUGGAGAUAACAAGUCUAGUUGAACUCAGAUCACUGAACCUGUCACGAAACAAUCUAACAGGAUCCAUCCCAGACAACAUUGGAAACAUGAAGCAACUCGAAUCUCUUGAUUUCUCAAUGAACUCCCUGUCCGGCAACAUUCCAGGUAGCAUGUCAAUCAUGACUUCUCUGAACUACUUGAAUCUGUCUUAUAACCACUUGACAGGGACAAUCCCUCAAAGCACCCAAAUUGGGAGUUUCAACGAGUCGAGCUUCAUUGGCACCAAUCUUUGUGGCCUUCCACUAACGAUUUCUUGCAAAAAUGAUGGUAAUUCCCCUGCCCCGACACAGCUGCAGAUUCAAGGACAAAAAAGCACUAAGCAAGAGAUUGAUUGGUUUUACAUAUUCCUAUCUUUAGGAUACGUUGUUGGGCUUUCUGUUGUCCUCUCUGCAUUGUUUUUUAAGAAGAAAUGGAGGGAAGCUUAUUAUGGCUUCUUUCAGAAAAUGUGGGACAAUGUUUAUGUGUAUUUCAUUAUCCAAUGGAGGAGGCUCAUGAGAGCGUUGGGUCGAAAUCCCUAA